AUGACCGAAUCAGCACCCAGCGAGACACCCGAGCAGUCGCAAGCCGACGAACAGCACGACCAGGAGUCGGCCUCCAAGUCAGCUCUCAACCCAGCCCUCAAAGAUCGGAGAUGUCAAUACUGUGGCCAGGCAUUCACAUCAUCGUCUUUGGGUCGUCAUCUGGACCAGUUUCUGUUCAAAAAGAAGCCCGAUGGAAUCCACGAUGUUGAGGAGAUUCGGCGCAUCCGUAGUGGAAUCACUCGUCGGCAGGCUCGGACAAGCUCUGGAAAGCGCGAUGGCAGCCCCGAUCAGGCGCAGAGAAGAGGAACGUCUGGCACGAAUGCAGCUGGAGAAUCGGCUUCGAAAUCACGCGACGCUCCCGUACGCAUGAUGUUCAACACUCCCACAUGGCACGCAACGGGUGUAAUCAACGAUAUACCCAACCCAAGUCGUGCCGCGGAUGGACCUCGAAUUGCGCCUGUUCAAUCACGAGCUGGAUCAUUGCAGCUUCCGGAAUAUGCGGCGCGAGGAGCCACUGCGAAUAACCCAGAUACCAUGAAAGCACUAGAGCUGGCAUUGCGCGAGGUGCUAGACAAUAUUAAGGCAGCGACUUCCCGAGUUCGCCCGCGCCUUUUGCCAUUUGACUUCGAGAUCCAAGCCCAGACUUUCCCCUCGCUCUGUCUACAGCUUCUCCCUCCUCCCCCGAGCCUCUUCGCUUCUCAUCCCUUCUCAUCACCGACAUCAUUUCCUCUUCAACCACCUGGUCGGGAACAUUUGGAUAUUGUUCGCCAGGCUCUUCGUUCCAAAAUUUCACAAUGGCGAACCGAUCAGCUCUCCAUGGACCCGGGAGCGCGACUGGGGAACGUUGGAGGCACUCUUGACAAUUCCAUGAUUUACCGGACAGCCCAUCAACACGAGGAAAUGAGUAUUCGACACUUGGAACUGGCCUUCAACCACUGGAACACAUUACCUCACGAAACCCGUCGCGAGGCGUGGCAGCUUGAGAUCACGCGCGCUUUCGCCCGCGAACUUGAGAAGCGCAAGUCUGUGGACGAACAACUUGCGCGGGUGCAGCAGGAAGCGAACCAGCUCCGGGCCCAAGUUGAACGAUUGGGCUCGUGCCAGUGGCCACGCGAAUUCGCUCUCUUCCCACCAGACACACUUCCAAUCUCCCGAGAUGUAGCGCGCGAAUUGGAUGCGAAUGAAAGCCAGAUCAGUCCCGAAUCAUCGAGAUGGGACUUUGACAGUGUGGUUUCCAAAUGGAAGCGUGUUGUGAUGCAUGAUAAGAGUAUAGGCCGAAGUGGAGUGGGACACAGUUCUACUGCGCAUCCCUUGGAUGUGGAUAAUCCCCAGCACGAUGUUCGUCCUCCACGACCGGGCGAGGAUACCUCGUCCCAUCCGAAUCGCUUGCGACCUUUGCAAAACACCGUUGCAAUGAGUCCAGAUCCUGCCAACGCAUCUACCCCGGCAUCGUCAACGAAUUAUGCCUCUCCUUAUUCACAUGCCGAUCCUCGCAGUCCGCCGACUGCUAGCGCGCCCGGCCCACAGGCCAAGCGCCCACGGCUGAUGAAUGGAUCCGAGGGUCUGUCAACAGCGGAGCCGGCGACGACUAAAGCCUCCGGCCCUGGUUCGUGGCCUUCCUCUACUCCUAUCCUCUCUAAUUUGGCCGCUCCGUCAGGGCAAACGCCCCCAUCAGCUUCUCGCCCUUGA